UUAUUCAUUUUUCUUCAAAUCAUCUUUCGUGACUCUCGUGACGAUCAAAAGCUCAAUGAGCUAAGCACACCCCUUCAGGAAGUUAUAAGGAGCGAUCGCGACGAGUGUGCGCGUGAUAAGCACGCUUGAGUAGAAGGCGAGUUGUGUGGUAAGUGCCAUACGUGCCGCUGCGUGCCGUUGCGUGCCGCGGAGAAAAGUCAGAGAGUGCGUCUCCUUAUUAGAGGAGCACACAGCUGGCACGGGUCAAGAUGUAAGCUGUCAAGGUGCGGGGAUGUCGCGCUAGAGAAGAGCGGGUCCAGGCUGAGAGAGAGAGAGAGAGAGAGAGAGAGAGAGAGAGAUAGAGAGGGGGGGGGGGGCGAGAGCAAAACGGAGAGAGAAUCAGACCUGGCAUACUCUAGCAUAUACUGACAUACACAAGGGUUACACGAGGGGAGAAUAGAGAAAUGGAGUAGCUGCAGAAAAAGGGGAAAAGGAGAUCGAUCGGUUGGCCAAUAGCUGUGGCAUGGAGGACAUCAGACUAGGUAUCAUCGUGAUCUGAAUGCUCAAAAAUGGCGUCAAGUUUGCCAAAUGUUCAUCAAAAGAAGCUUGGACCAGCACCAAUAGCAUCCUUCGAGGACUUAUCCGAGGAAGUGGAAAACGGAGAAUCGGCGGCGGCGGCGGCGGCGGCGGCGGCGGCAGCGGCGGUAGCGGCAGGGCGAAUGCCGGGUAUCGUCGAGGUCACCACGCCGGCAACGCCUGGUAGUUCGCUCAAGACCCCUAGCACGCCACGAAUUGAUAUCAGUAGAGCGAGCAGUUCUUCGCAUCAUGAGGAUAGUAAUUCCAGGGAUUCGUCACCUGAACGAGAGCUUCUUGCAGGUGCGGAUCCUCCGUCCGGUUGCAAGCUGACUCUGGGUUAUAAGGAAGACGCUCAAGAUCUCAGGUCUUCUACGGAGGAGCUGGAUUUACAGGAUCCCAUCCAUGAACAAGAUCUCAAACGAGAGUCCAAAAGGCGAAAACGAAAGGAGACCGAUGGAUCCCAAUCGGAUUAUAGCGGCAAGCAGCUAGGUCAGGACCGUGAACGCAAGGACAGUAAUUGCUCGGAGAUAUGUUUGCUCAACAUCAGCGGUAGAACAUCUAGAUUGUCGUCGGUUGGUAGUCAAGGCUCCGGCGUCUCGGGGAAGCUCUCGGUUAUGUCAGCAACUUCCUCCAGAUCUCCCAGUCCUCACAAAUGUCUACUGGAGACGUCGUUCUGCGGAAGCAAGCCGACGUUGGCUGACAAUCUAAUAGAGCCGUCGAAACCGGAGACUGAUGAUCUCGAGAAAAUACUCUUGAAGCGGGAGGCCGAUACUACGAAGGCGUUGAUUCCCGAGAGUAUUAAAGUGCCUAUGGUAGGUGGCAAUCUGAAGCCAGAUCCGUUGGAUAAGCCCAGAAGACGCGGUCGUGAGGAGCGGAAAGAAAUCUUCAAACGAGAAGUGGAAAUUACUAAAAGAUUUUUGGAGAAAGUUAAUAUAGAGGUUCCGAUCAUCAAAAAAUCGGGCCAACAACAAGGAUCGAUAAUGCAACAACAGCAUCAACAGCAGAAACAGCAGCAACAACAGCAAUAUCAAUCAAAGAUUCAAAUACAAGAAGUUCAGAAACCUGCGACACUUGAUUUUAACGACAAAAGGAAAAAAGCUCAAAACUUUAAGGAGAUUGUUCAGACGCCUACGACAGGUAGUCUUACUGGAAGUCCCAAAUUGCCGAGACAUCAAAAAGUUCGUGAUUUGGAAGGUUCGCGAACACCCAGUCCAUCGUCUGUAUCUAGAAAAAGUAGUUUCGCUUCAUUAUUUAAGACUAGAGCCGAAGGUAACGUAUUGAGCCCAGAAUCACCAUCACCUAGCACAAAGCCACGACGGAGUCUGACAUCGAAAUUGAAGGAUACUACAGAGAGUUUGAGAAGUCGUUCAAAGUCACGCGAAAGAGUUUCUGUUGACAAGGGUUCGAUCUUGAAAAAAGAUUCGAAGAAUAAAGGAGUGUUUUCGUCUACGCUGAGUUUAUUUAAAAAACGUGAAAGGAAGAAGAGCUACGAUGAGGUAAUCGCGGCUUCGUGCGAUCUUGAAGUCGCUAGUGGAGAUGAACACCCGUCUCUAGAGAGCAUUGGUCACGUAGAGUUUACAUUCAACAUGGAAAAGGAAAAGAAUCAUCAGGAUGAUUCGAUCUUUAUUAGUCUGCAUGCUGAUGACAGAAAUUACGAGGAAGCCUUGCCAUCAGAGAGUGUCUCGAUACCAUUGGAAACACCGACCAAAUUACUGGAUGAGUACGAGUCUGAGGGACCGCAUACGAGUAGUAUAAUCACAGAGGUGUCUAUUGAGCACCAUCCAUCGUCGAUUGCCAAGAUUAGGACCGAGGCGCAGAUUGAGACGGUUACAGCUACGCAAAUUGCAUCCAGAAGUUUGUCCAGAAAUAGCCAGCUGUCGCAGAGCGAGCCAAAAGAUUCGAAUACACUAAAAAGUUCGUUAAGGGACUCGAAAAUCAGCGCGCAGGCUAACAAAAUAGUCGGAACGUCGCCACUAGCCAAGUCAUCGACUACGAUUAAACCAGAUAUUAAACCGGCGAUUACAUCGGAAAUUAAAUCGACAGACUUACGAACGUUGCCUGGUGGCUUAUCGAGAGAGUCUACCGGCAAAAAACUGGACAUAACAAAACCGAAGAGAAAAAGCAAAGAGAAUCAGCAGCAGCAACCAAAACUAUCUGAGAGGAUAAGCGACGAUGUAGCGAUGCAACAGAAAAGAGUAAGCUCGGGUGAGCCUUCUCGAGCUGCUCAAGAAACUAAAAGACUCGAUCACUUCGAUGAUAAGAUUGGCAAAUCGUUAGAACAGGAAGGUCUAGUAAAAGCGCCCAGUAUGAUAUCCGAUCUGGAUCAUAACAGUUCCGAAUCCGAAAGAGAUUCGGAGAUUGAAUUUAUUCGCAAUAAGGUCGAGAAACUGACCGAGGAGCUACCAGACGAGCGAAAGGGUCUCUUCUAUGAGGAGAGUUUUGAAGAGGAUCUUCCAUAUAUACCGACGACCCUGCCAUUAGAGAAGAGCGUAGCUGUACCCAUUCUACCAGUUAAACAACGACUUCAGGAAGUAAGAACAAUUCCAAUCGAGAGACCGCGCUCAACAACGCCAAUAAAUCCGACCUUGUUGGAUGAGUUUGUAAUGCAGACAUCGCUGGAUGAAAGGCGCGUGGAGCGGAUGAAAAUAUCUCUGCCGCGAGAGGAUAGCUUCAAGUUGAAAAGUCCACGACGGCAAUACACCAGUACAGCGAAUACGUUCACAGAAUUUGCAGGCAAGGUGCCGCCGGAUGGCGGUCGCAAAGGCGCUACUAAUCAAGGGAAAUCACCUAGUCCACCUCCACUGCCACCGAGAGCAUCAACAACAGCAUUAACAGCGACAACGGCGGCAGCAGCAACGGCAACAGCAGCGGCAGCAGCAGCAGCAUCAGCAGCAUCGUCAUCAUCAUCAUCAUUAUCGGCAACAUCAGCGACAGCAGCAGCACGGCUAAGCAACUGGAUCAACUUUGAAGAGAUACCAGAGAAGCGAAAAGCACCGAAACGGAUACAGACGAUACCGCGGCCAGAGGAUGAGAUCGCAAAGACUGUCAGCAGUAGUUAUAACUAUGUGCAACCGGAAGAGUGCAAGUGCGAGUGCCAUGAGGAAUCUAGGCGGGCGUCCAUGCGGGAGGUAGCGGUGGCAACGGCUACAGCUGUCGCCGUCACAGCUACCACCGGCAGUACCAGUACCAGAACUUCCUCUUGCAGUAGUAACGGCGAGCGACCGUGCAAUGGCGAAAACUGUACGGUGCCGACCGUUGGUGGCGGUAGUUCGGUCGAUCGCGCCAGUAUCGUCAGUGACAGUUCGCUGGAGUGUUCGCUGAGUCUCGACGACAGUCAGAGCACGCAGGUGCUUCUCGGCAACUCGACGAAACCCUUCGCAAUGGAUCUCGACGUGCGUUCCAACAGGUCGAGCAUCAUAUCGCAGGAGGAAAACGACGAGAAUCAGCACCAAUAAUAAUUAAUAUAACAAUUGUAAUAGUAAUACUCGCAGUAGAGCGCACUUACGCCUUAGAAUCUUUGGAUUUUUCUUUUCUACGUGUGGAAAGAUUAAUCCGAAUUCUUCUGCGACGAGUCAAAGAAUGAUUCAAUUCCGAAAGAGAUGUGCGCCAUCGUCGCAUUCUCCCGUUGCAUUUUCUUUUUCUAAGAAAAGUUUUUAAAACUGGGAAACCGAAUCUUAUUGAAUGAUGUCGGAAUCUGUUCUCCGCUUUUUGGUAGAUCGUAGCAGGCGCGCGAUCAAACUUCUGAUAGUUGAAAGUACAUGUGUAUGUACAUCGCUGCGCGCUCUUGUGUCUUCGAAAUCGAAUUUCGAAAUGUCUUUCGUCUUCGGCGUCACACAAUUGUUUAUCUGUACAACAGUGUACGCCAAUCGGACCAUUUUCGUAUAAUUGCACCGCGUCAGAUUUACACAUCACUGUUAAUAUACACUUUCGCAUGAUACUUUCGCGAGUAUAGAAUUAGGUAUCACUGCAGCAGUAUAUCGCGAGUUCUUUCUUUUUCUUUUUCGUUCUUAAUUUUCCCUUGGAUUAAUUAAAGUUGCGCUCACAUUAUGAUUCAUUACGAUCGAUUAAUUAUUAUUCCUAAUUGAAAAGCUCAUUUCUUUAUAUCGUUGAAAGUUGAAACGAGGUAAGAGAAUGAAAUGAAGAAUACCGCAUGUCGCAAGUUCUUUUCCAAAUAUACAUUUGAGAAUUUUUUAAGAAAAACCGCGGUCGACGAAAUUUCUUAUUCUUUCUAUUGUGUUCGUAUCUUUAAAGUUUAUCAUACGCAUGCAUACGCGGUGAUAUUUUGUUAAAGGUAGACAGAUAUUUUGUUAGAGGCACCCAGGAUGGUGGCUCGCUAAUAUUUCUCUAUUAAUUAAUCAAUCACUAAUUUUUUCUGAUGAGAGAAUCGCAUCAUGUUGUAUCGAUGAUGCUUGAGCAUCGCUCGUAUCUCGUUUUUUUGAAAAAAAAAAGGUAGAAAAAGAUAGAAAAAAUAAAAUAUAUGCACGCGCGCACGCACG